AUGAUCCAGAUAUUUUCGAGGAUAGCAGCAAGAAGCCCUCGCCGCGCCACCUCCGCAUCGCGUCCGAGUAGCUCGAAGCAUCAUCCGGGGCAAUUCUCUCGUUGUAGCCCAGCUUACCGAGGUAUUACUACCAUUAGCACCAGCAAUCCAAUGAGGUCUGGUGAUGGAAAUUCGGAAGGCCAGGACGCACCCCUCGCCGAGGGGAAGGACCGCGGCUGCUCCCCAGGUGUCCAGUCCACCCCGGACAUCGAGAAGAAGUACGUGCACCGCGUCUACGACGCCAUAGCCCCUCACUUCAGCUCCACGCGGUUCGCCAAGUGGCCCAAGGUCGCGGGGUUCCUGAACUCGCUGAGGCCAGGGUCCGUCGUGCUGGAUGCCGGCUGCGGCAACGGCAAGUACCUGGGCUUCAAUCCCGAAUGCUUCUACAUAGGCUGCGAUAUAAGCCCGCCGCUUAUAGAGAUAUGCGCGGGGAGGGGGCACGAGGUGUUUGUCGCUGAUGCCGUCAACCUCCCGUACAGGGAAAGUGUUGCUGACGCCGCGAUUUCGAUUGCGGUGUUGCAUCAUCUGAGUACCGAGGACAGGCGGAGGAAAGCCAUAGAGGAGUUGAUCCGUGUUGUCAAGAGGGGGGGUCUUGUGCUGAUCACUGUCUGGGCUGUGGAGCAGGAAGACAAGUCGCUUCUUAACAAGUGGACUCCCUUGUGCGACAAGUAUAAUGAAGAGUGGGUUGAUCCCAGCAGUCCCAUGGUGCGUAACAAAUCUGCUACUACGCUAGAUAGCAUUGAAGAGACUGAUGAAGACAUGCGCGCCAUCAAGCAAACAGAUGAUCAGCUGAAAAAUAGUUUUGAUGGUUUGGAGGAUAAGACCUUAAUUAUGGAUGAGCAUGACAAAACCCAGCAGGAGUACUUUGUUCCUUGGCAUCUACCAUUUCACCGAGCAGAAAUUGGCGGCGCAUCUGCUGUUGCUCUACAGAAUGGAUUGGCAAAGAAAGAUGAUAAGAAGGGCACUGUGGUCUACAACCGUUAUUAUCACAUUUUUGUCGAAGGAGAACUUCAAAGGCUAGUUGCUGGCAUGAAAAAUGCAGCCAUCACCGACCAAUUCUACGACAAAUCGAACUGGUGCAUAGUUCUGGAGAAGCUUUGA